CUGGGGGCCUGCUUCAGGUUCUGGGUCACAUAUUGGCGUGUCCCUGGACAUGUGGCUGUGCCUAUCACUAAAUGUGCUUCAGUGUGUCUGCAAAUGGAAAAAUUGGGCAAAGUUCCUCUCACAUCCGCAAACUGCGCGACACGAAGCUCGGUGCUCGCCUCAGCUGCGUUAAUCAGCCUCUUCCUCGCGAUCACGCGCCGGACACAUGUCAGCGAAGGGACCCGAGCCUCGACCCGCAGCUACUGGAUCCGAACUGCGCCGCGUGAAGGCAGCUCGGAACACCUGGGUUUGUCACGUUCAGGGGGAGAUUAAGCGAGUUUGAAGAUGGACCCCGACGGUCCCGUGGCGAGAGCGGGGAGGACUUUCUGGACCGUCUGGUGCUAUGUAACCGAGGCAGUGAACAGAUUCUUCCGACCAGAGCUCACUAACACCGACAGCAGUGAUCCCAGCUCCGUCCAGGAGUCCGCAGCAAACAGUGAGCCCACAGAGGACAGUACUGGUGGAGGAGGGCACCAUGAGCAUCCUCCUCUGCCAUCGGCCUCUCUGCCCAGAUCAUCUGGGGUCGUUAGCUGGGACUCGGGCUUAAGACCGCAGAGCAAAACCCAGCAGAGAACAGAUGCUGAGAGCAAAGGGUCUGAGGAACAGGAGACCAAGGGAGAGGAACAGUCUGGCCAAACAAGAAGUGAUGAUGGAGGACAUGCAAUGGUUGAAAGGGAUGAAGAAGAAAACGAGAAAUGUGAGAUGGGGAAGAUGACUCCAAACACUGGUGUUGAAAAGAGGGAAGAACCCGUAACAGAGCUCGAAGUAAAUAAAGAAGACAAACAUGAUUUAGAGGAAGUAGAUGGUGGCAUGGAUUUGUACAAAAUGACAGAUCAUAAUGUCGAGGAAGAGGAUGAUGUAAACAAAGACAAAGCAGAGACAGGAGCAAAGCAUGGAGAUGUGGAAAACCAUGUCAGCGUAUUAGAGAAGAGCCCUGAGAAUGAAAACAAGUCUGAUGAAGAUGUCUCAACCUGUAAACAACUGUCAGAUCCACAGGGAGAUGAGGAAGAGGCAGAUGAAGAAGAUGUCAGCAUUUUACAGGAGAGGGAGCAGUGUGGGCAGGAAAAUACGACUGGGCCUGAACACAAGAAGACAAUGGAUGAGAACCCGGAGCAGGAAGACGGGUCCCAAACAGAUACAGGAGGCCGAGGAGAAAGGGAGAGGUUACCUGAACGCCUCGUCUGCAGCCAAGAAGCCUCGCUGGCUGCAGACGCAGAACUGAACACAGAGGAGGAACAGGAGGAUGUGGCUGAGAGAAGCAAAACCAACACAAGUGGAGCAGAUUGUGCGAAUGCAUCGACAACUUGUGUUGUUGAGGAGCACUGGAGCAGCGAGGAGGAUGACAGUGGAGCUACCAUGGAAAUAUCACGUGCCCCCACCUCAGUUACAGUCACGUCUGAGGCUGAGGUUCCACAGGAAACGAGCAGAGAGCUCGAAAAUCAUCCCCUGAGGUCGUGUGAAGGCCGGGCUGCUGUGUCACCGGGGUUACAUUCUACUGCAUGCGAGGAAACACGAGAGGGAGUUCCUGAAUAUAACAAUGAGCCUGGGCCAGAUGAAAAUACACCUCAGACGUUCCUGGAAGUAGGAGAUGGGAAAGAAAUGCAGACCACCCAGUUACCAGAAGAGGUGAAGAGAACUGAAAACAGUGGCUCCACUGCAGCUGGGGAUUUACUGGUGAAGGAGCGCGGGGGAGAGGAGCAGGAGGAGCGGCAUAUAGAUGCUGGGCUGCUUCGAGACGGAGUCAAACCACUGGUUGAGCAAAUCAUUCAAAGGUCGAUCGACUCGAUGAAGACUGUGAUCGAACGCUCGGAAAAGGAAUUUGAGACCGACACAGUUUCAGCAGAUGACACAACUGAGACGGAGGAGCUGUUAGCUGAGGUUGGAGCAGAUGGAAGGUUAAGAGAUGCCAGAGAUGCUGGUGGAGAUGGUUCUGACUCGGCUGGUCCUGUAGCAGCAGGGGGGCUGUUUGGAAUCGCUGGUAGAACCUCAGAACCCGCUGAUGCUGAGCUGUUAAAGAUAAUGAACCCAAGCGUCUUCCAAGAGUCGUCGGACGAAAACUGCAACAUAAUCUCCAGCUUACUGGAAGUUAAUAAGUCUGGAUUCCCGAAAGAAUCAGAUGAGGGGGAGCCCAAAACCCGUGGAGAUUUUACUGAAGGAACAGAAUAUGAGCCUGAGGAGGGAGCAGCAGAAGAUGAAGCGCAGAAUAAGAUUCACGUGGGAUUUUUAGAUGUGCAGCUGGUGGAUGAGGCGGCUGAGCCGAUCAAAGAGACGUACAAAAAUCAGGACAAGACACUUGAAAUAAGCAAUGAGGAGACGUUAAAAGACACUGAAGCAACUGAUGAAGUAAUAAUAGCUGAGCUUCAAUCACAGGGUUUAACUGUGACAUCAGAGGAAGACAGAGAGGCAGAGUUAUGUUAUGUUGAAGGAACAAGUCGUGGACACGAAGGUGUGAUUGAUGAAGAGAUCCUUGACUUGUGGAUUCAGACAGCUUCAUCAGAGGACACUGAUCAAGUUAAACAAGAGGAAGAUGAACAACAAGCGGAUGCUGAACUCCAUCAAGAGCCCCCUGAGACGUUGCCAGAGGUGGAGGAUGAGCAGCUCCCUGAGCCAAAUGCAGGAGAAUCCCGACUAGUGAGUGAUACAGAAAUGUCUUCAUUCACAGCAGAAUCUGGGGUUUUGGACCAGCCGCUGGACCGAAGUGGCACCGAAUCAUUUCAGGACUAUGUUAUUCUGGCUAGUAUGUCAGAAACAGCGAAUGUGUCAGAUUUGUCCAAUCAGCAAACUAUGGCGACAUGUCAGGAUGCAGUAGACACCGAACAGUCAGAUAUGAAUGAGGAGAAAUCCUUCACUGAGGCUGGAUUUAUCACAGAUUCAGAAGCUGGACACCAGGAACCAUACAAAUCACAAGGGGGUUCAGAUGGAGAACACACAGAGUUACUGGAGAAUGACACAGGAUCCCAGAAGGAAGAUGCUGGGAGAACAGACCAAAACCCUAAAACGGACUUGAAGGACACAGAGGAAGCAGGUGUUGACUUACAAACAAAUGGAGAGAACGCUGAGAAAACUGAACACCCUAAGAGUGGCUCUUAUGUUUUGCUAGAGGAUGAAAUCAAGUCCAGAGAAUCCAAUUCGCAGAACCUGACUGAGGUGGAUGCUUCUUUGCUGGACUUUACUGCACAAAGGUCAAGGAUUGCUCUGAAGAACCCCCGUGUAAGGCCGCCCAAAGAUCCCCGCGCCCUACUUCACAUGCCGUCUCUGCAACCCACACCCACGUCACAUCUGCAGGUUAAAGUCCCUGCAGGUGGGCCUUUGGGAGGCCUGGGCGUGGGAAUCAAACUGCCCGGGCUCGGUGCAGGUUUUCCGGUUUUAAAAAAGACGCGUGUGGUGACAGAUGAGAAUGGUCCAGAAAAAUCAACGGAGUCAGAGACAAAGACAGAUGACAACAAUGACCUUCCCAAACACGAUGAGGUGCCACAGAGACCAAAAUGGAUGCCACCAAAACAUCCAGGAUUUGGAAAUCCACUUAUGUCUGAAUUAAAGAACAAACUGAAGAAAACCACAACUGAGUAAAGAGUGAGAGAAGAUGUCGUGCCGAGCCUUUUGGGAAUAACAAAACAUACGUAUAUUGUUGUAUUUAUAUACUGGAACACAGCAGUGAGGUGUUUCCCUUGUCACCUCUUGCGUCGUUUACCUUUUGUAAUAAAGCUUAUUUCUGCAAAAAA